AUGGCGGUACUCCGACAGCUGGCUCUGCUUCUCUGGAAGAAUUACACCCUACAGAAACGGAAGGUCAUCGUCACAGCCCUGGAGAUCUUCCUGCCCUUAUUGUUCUCUGGGAUCCUGAUUUGGCUUCGUUUGAAGAUCCAGUCGGAGAACGUCCCCAAUGCCACUGUGUAUCCCGGCCAGUCCAUCCACGAGCUACCCCUGUUCUUCAACUUCCCACCUCCUGAAGACUCCUGGGAGCUAGCAUUCGUCCCAUCUCCAAGUGAGGCCGCCAGAACCAUCACAGAGAUUGUGAAGAAGUCUCUACUGAUCAACAUGAGAGUCCGAGGCUUUCCCUCCGAGAAGGACUUUGAGGAUUACAUCAAGUAUGACAACCGCUCAUCCAACGUCCUGGCCGCCCUUGUCUUUGAACACACGUUCAACCACAGCAAGGACCCCCUGCCCCUGGCGGUGAGGUACCACCUGCGCUUCAGCUACACGCGGAGAAACUACAUGUGGACCAAGGCGGGCUCCUUUUUCCUCAAGGAGGCUGAGGGCUGGCACACCACCUCCCUCUUCCCGCUCUUCCCAAACCCAGGCCCCCGGGAACCUGCAUCGCCUGACGGUGGAGAACCCGGGUAUAUCCGAGAAGGCUUCCUGGCCGUGCAGCAUGCCGUGGACAGAGCCAUCAUGCGCUACCACACCAAUGCCUCCGCACACCAGCUGUUGGAGAAGAUCACCGUGGUAGCCAAGCGGUUCCCCUUCCCACCAUUCAUCUCUGAUCCCUUCCUCGUCGCCAUCCAGUAUCAGCUCCCCCUGCUGCUCAUGCUGAGCUUCACCUACACCUCACUCAGCAUCAUCCGGGCUGUCGUGCGGGAGAAGGAGCAAAAACUUAAGGAGCACAUGUGCAUGAUGGGGCUGAGCCGCUGGCUGCACUGGACCGCCUGGUUCCUCGUCUCCUUCCUGCUGCUGCUCGUCGCCAGUGCCUUCAUGACCCUGCUCCUCUGCAUCAGGGUGAAGAAGAACGUGGCGGUGCUCACCAACAGCGACCCGUCCCUGGUGCUGGUUUUCCUGCUGUGCUUCGCCGCCGCCUCCAUCUCCUUCAGCUUCAUGGUCAGCACUUUCUUCAGCAAAGCCAACAUGGCGGCAGCCAUCGGCGGAUUUCUCUACUUCUUCACCUACAUCCCGUACUUCUUCGUGGCGCCUCGUUACAAUUGGAUGACCCUCAGCCAGAAGCUCUUCUCCUGCCUCCUCUCCAACGUGGCCAUGGCCAUGGGCGCCCAGCUCAUAGGGAAAUUUGAAGCCAAAGGCACAGGCCUGCAGUGGCACGACCUCCUGAGUCCAGUCAACGUGGACGACGACUUCUCCUUCGGGCAGGUGCUAGGCAUGCUGCUGCUGGACGCUGUCCUCUACGGCCUGGUGGCCUGGUACAUGGAGGCUGUCUGCCCAGGCCAGUUUGGUGUGCCCCAGCCCUGGUACUUCUUCAUUUUGCCUUCAUACUGGUGCGGGAGCCCGAGGACCCUCCUGGGGAAGGAGGACGAAGAUGAAGACCCAGAGAAAGCCCUCCGAUCAGAGUUCUUUGAGACCGAGCCCGAAGACCUGGUGACCGGGAUCAAGAUCAAGCAUUUGUCGAAGGUAUUCAAAGUUGGAGAUAAGGGGAAGGCAGCCGUGAGGGACCUGAACCUGAACUUGUAUGAGGGGCAGAUCACAGUCCUGCUGGGCCACAAUGGAGCCGGGAAGACCACCACCUUGUCUAUGCUCACAGGUCUCUUCCCCCCUACAAGUGGACGAGCGUACAUCAGUGGGUAUGAGAUUUCACAGGACAUGGCUCAGAUCCGGAAGAGCCUGGGCCUGUGCCCCCAGCAUGAUGUCUUAUUUGACGACCUGACAGUGGCAGAACACCUGUACUUCUAUGCCCAGCUGAAAGGCCUGUCACUGCAGAAGAGCCGAGAGGAGGUGAGGCAGAUGCUGCACAUCCUGAACCUGGAGGACAAGCGGGACUCUCGAAGCAGGUUCCUGAGCGGUGGCAUGAGACGCAAGCUGUCCAUCGGCAUUGCCCUCAUCGCAGGCUCCAAGGUGCUGAUGCUGGACGAGCCCACCUCAGGCAUGGACACCAUCGCCCGGAGGGCCAUCUGGGACCUGCUCCAGCAGCAGAAGAGUGAUCGCACCAUCUUGCUGACCACCCACUUCAUGGACGAGGCAGACCUGCUGGGGGACCGCAUCGCCAUCAUGGCCCAGGGGGAGCUGCAGUGCUGUGGGUCCUCUCUGUUCCUCAAGCAGAAAUACGGUGCAGGAUACCACAUGACCCUGGUGAAGGAGCCACACUGCCACCCUGAGGCUGUCUGCCGCCUGGUGCACCACCAUGUUCCCAACGCCACCCUGGAGAGCAGCGCUGGGGCAGAGCUGUCCUUCAUCCUGCCCAAAGAGAGCACACCUAGGUUUGAAGCUCUCUUCACCAAGCUGGAGAAGAAACAAAAGGAGCUGGGCAUUGCGAGCUUUGGGGCAUCUGUCACCACCAUGGAAGAGGUCUUCCUGCGGGUCGGCAAGCUGGUGGACACUAGCAUGGACAUCCAGGCCAUCCAGCUCCCAGCCCUGCAGUACCAGCACGAGCGGCGGGCCAGUGACUGGGCACUGGACAACCACCUCUGCGGCUUAAUGGACCCCACAGACAGUGCUGGAGCCCUCAUCCAGGAGGACUGCGCCACCAUCCAGCUCAACAGUGGGCUCACCCUGCACUGUCAGCAGUUCUGGGCCAUGUUCGUGAAGAAGGCCUCAUACAGCUGGCGGGAGUGGAAGGUGGCAGCAGCCCAGGUCCUUGUCCCUCUGACGUGCCUCAGCCUGGCCCUCUUGGCUAUCAACUACUCCUCGGAGAUCCUGGAUGACCCCAGCCUGCCGCUGACCCUGGGGGAGUAUGGCACCACUGUUGUGCCCUUCUCGGCCUCAGGGACUUCGCGGAUAGACCAGCAGCUAUCGGAGUACCUGAGAGAUAUGCUGCAGGCCGAGGGCCAAGAGCCCCGGGAGGUGCUAGGUGACCUGGAGGAGUUCCUGAUCUUCCGGGCCUCCGUGGAGGGCGGGGGCUUCAAUGAGCGCUGCCUGGUGGCGACAUCCUUCAGGGACGUGGGGGAGCAGACAAUCGUCACCGCCCUGUUCAACAACCAGGCCUACCACUCCCCAGCCACUGCCCUGGCCGUGGUGGACAACCUGCUGUUCAAGCUGCUCUGUGGCCCCCAGGCAUCCAUCACCAUCUCCAACUACCCGCAGCCGCGUAGCGCCCUGCAGGCUGCCAAGGACCAGUUCAGCGAGGGCCGGAAGGGCUUCGACAUUGCCCUCAACCUGCUAUUCGCCAUGGCCUUCCUGGCCAGCACAUUCUCCAUUCUGGCAGUCAGCGAGAGGGCUACGCAAGCCAAGCACGUCCAGUUUGUCAGCGGUGUCCAUGUGGCCACCUUCUGGCUCUCCGCCCUGCUGUGGGACCUCAUCACCUUUCUGGUCCCCAGCCUGCUGCUGCUGGCGGUGUUCCGCGCUUUCGACGUGCGCGCGUUCACGUGGGAUGGCCAUGCGGUGGACGCACUGGCGCUGCUCCUGCUCUACGGCUGGGCCGUGGUGCCCCUCAUGUACCUGCUGAGCUUCUUCUUCUCGGGGGCAGCCACUGCCUACACACGCCUGACCAUCUUCAAUGUGCUCUCAGGCGUGGCCACCUUUCUGGUGGUCACCAUCAUGCGCAUCCCAGCGGUCAAGCUGGAAGAGCUCUCAAGAACCCUGGACCAGGUGUUUCUGGUGCUGCCCAACCACUGCCUGGGCAUGGCCAUUAGCAGCUUCUAUGAGAACUACGAGACCAGGCGGUACUGCACGUCCUCCGAGGUCGCCACCCACUAUUGUCACAAGUACCACAUCGAGUACCAGGAGAACUUCUACGCAUGGAAGGCUCCAGGUGUUGGCAGGUUUGUCACCUCCAUGGUUAUCUCAGGCUUCGCCUACCUCACCCUCCUCUUCCUGCUGGAGACCAACUUGCUGUGGAGGCUCAAGACGCUGCUCUGUGCCCUCCGGGGUCGACGAAGACUGACUGAGGUGUACGGCCGGGCGCCGGUGCUGCCUGAAGACCAGGAUGUGGCAGACGAAAGGAGCCGAGUGCUGGCCCCCAUGCUGGACCCACCACCACGGGACCCACCCCUCAUCAUUAGGGAGCUGUCCAAGGUAUAUGAGCAGCGGACGCCUCUCCUGGCUGUGGACAAGCUGUCCCUCGCUGUCCAGAAGAGUGAGUGCUUUGGCCUAUUGGGCUUCAAUGGGGCUGGCAAAACCACCACCUUCAAGAUGCUGACCGGUGAGGAGACCAUCAGCUCAGGGGAUGCCUUUGUUGGCGGUCACAGUAUCUGCUCCAACCUCAGUAAGGUGCGGCAGCGUAUCGGCUACUGCCCCCAGUUUGAUGCCCUACUGGACCACAUGACAGCGAAGGAGACACUUGUCAUGUAUGCCCGGCUCCGGGGCGUCCCCGAGCACCACAUCUCAGCCUGUGUGGAGAACACACUGCGAGGCCUGCUGCUGGAGCCACAUGCCAACAAGCUGGUCAGGACUUACAGCGGUGGGAACAAGCGGAAGCUGAGCACUGGCAUCGCCCUGAUCGGAGACCCUGCCGUCAUCUUCCUGGAUGAGCCAUCCACCGGCAUGGACCCUGUGGCCCGGCGCUUGCUCUGGGAUACGGUGGCUCGGGCGCGCGAGUCUGGCAAGGCUAUUGUCAUCACCUCUCACAGCAUGGAGGAGUGUGAGGCCCUGUGCACGCGGCUGGCCAUCAUGGUGCAGGGCCAGUUCAAGUGCCUGGGCAGCCCCCAGCACCUCAAGAGCAAGUUCGGCAGCGGCUACUCCCUGCGGGCCAAGGUCCGGUGUGAUGGAGAGAAGGCAGCGCUAGAGAAGUUCAAGGCCUUCGUGGACCUCACCUUCCCAGGCAGUGUCCUGGAGGACGAGCACCAGGGGAUGGUUCACUACCACCUGCCUGGCCAAGGCCUCAGCUGGGCCAAGGUGUUUGGAGUCCUAGAAAAAGCCAAGGGGAAGUACAGUGUUGACGACUACUCCGUGAGCCAGAUAUCCCUGGAGCAGGUGUUCCUGAGUUUUGCCCACCUGCAGCCACCUGCUGAGGACGAGGCACGGUGA